GUUUUGGCGCAAACCGGAAACCGCUAUACCUGUCCAUCCUGUGAGAAGCUGAACACGAAGCUAAGAGUGAAUCCUGUGAUUUGUGAUUUAUUUUAAACACGAAAAUUCCCCGGAGCGAGUUGAAGAAUCAGGAUCUGAACGUUUCUACUCGUGAACGCGGACAAACGUAGAAGAAGAGGCCGCGCAGGGAUGUUAGCGGUGCUGCGGCUAACAGGGGCUAGCACCAGGGUUAGCAUCGGGGUUAGCAUCACGGACGUUGUGUUUUCAGUCUGAAUAAAUCCGCGUGUGAGUGUUUGUUUUUAAAAAUCCACUUCUGAUCUAAAUGGAGGAACACAAAGAAAACAUCAACACAAAGGACGUGAACGUGAAGAUGUCCGCGACCAGAGACGAAGGAGAAGAAGAAGAAAAGACCUGCAGCAGGAUCUGUCCCUCAGCGGAACCCGAUGCUCCGGCGUCUCAGUCCAACAGUGACUUCAGUCAUCCGGUCUACAAGGAGAUCGCUGUGGCCAACGGACACAUCAACCGCAUGUCCAAGGACGACCUGCGGAUCAAACUGUCUGAGCUGAAGCUCGACACGAGAGGAGUGAAGGACGUGAUGAAGAAGAGGUUGAAGAGCCACUACAAGAAGCAGAAGCUGCUGCAGUCCACCACGGAGGGGGGGGCCACCGACACCUACUACGACUACAUCUGUGUCGUGGACUUCGAGGCGACGUGUGAGGAAGACAAUCCUCCGGACUUCCUCCACGAAAUCAUCGAGUUCCCGAUGGUGCUCGUCAGCACACACACGCUCGAAAUUGUCGACAGCUUUCAGGAAUAUGUGAAGCCUCAGUUGAAUCCGGAGCUUUCAGACUUUUGUGUGAAGUUAACGGGAAUAACACAGAAAAUGGUGGACGACGCAGACCCGUUCCCAGAGGUUCUCCAGCGAGUCGUCGUCUGGCUUCAGGAGAGGGAACUGGGAACCAAGUACAAAUACGCCAUCUUGACCGACGGCGCCUGGGACAUGAGCAAGUUCCUCAACAUCCAGUGUCGUCUGAGCGACAUCAGGUAUCCUCAGUUUGCAAAGAAGUGGAUAAAUAUCAGGAAAUCCUACGGCAACUUCUACAAGGUCCCUCGCACUCAGACCAAGCUGAGCACGAUGCUGGAGAAGCUCGGCCUGAAGUAUGAAGGUCGCCCUCACUCCGGCCUCGACGACUCGCGCAACAUCUCCCGCAUCGCGCUGCGCAUGCUGAAGGACGGCUGCCAGCUGCGCGUCAACGAGCGCAUGCACGCCGGCCAGCUGCUGUCGGUCCCCAGCUCGGAUCCCGUGGAGGGAGCCCCCCCGCCCCACAGCCCCCGCAGCAGAGAGUAG